GGAACGAUAUCCAGGCUUGGAUCCCGCUGGUUGGCCUUGACCCACGCGCCGAUUUGUCGCAUACCGACACCAUAGUUGAGCUGGAUUCUCUUCCGACGAGCAUGACCUAGGUCCAGGACCCUUUAUCUCGUCAGACACUGGACUCGGCGCCGCUCCGUCCCAGCAGAUCCAGAAUUGGUCGCUGGAAAUGCCAUUAUGACCCGUCCUCGCGUCGAUCCCGAAAAGCGACAAAGGACGGCGUGUGCUUGCGAUAGCUGUAAGCGCCGGAAACAAAAGUGCAACGGGUUGAAGCCGUGCAACACAUGUACCAAACGGCAGCUUCAGUGCGAGUACACACCGGCGAUUCUGGAGGCUAGUCAGAGUCCUGUUUUUUCUCCAACGAAACGCCGCCAUGUCGACGGCUCACCAAGAGCAAUCAAGUCGAGUCCAGAGGAGUCGAACGCGCAGCUCCACCACGGCCCAGCACGCAACCCGCCGUUGCCGCCGUGGGACUCUGUCGAGGUGUCGCCCGCCAGUCUGGUGAAACCGGAGCUGACUCCCAGUAUCCCUAGACCACGCGCUGUCUCAACGCGGCACUUUGUCGAUGCUAAAGAACGCGACUCCGAUUCAAGAUCCAGGAUGAGCAAUACAAGUGGAGCAGCAGACGAGGCUGAAGUCUAUCCCUCACAAAGGAUGCUUCAGGACUCGACCGGAAGACUACUCUACUUGGGUGAUUCGGCGACGUUGUCAUACCUACAACUUAUCCGCAUGAUCGUCGAGGAGAUCUCUGGGGAAUCUGAUUUUACUCGGGAUCCGCGGCGGCACAUGAUAAUGGAGGCGCAGGUGUCUAUACCGCCGACGGUUCGGCCCACUGGCGUGCUUCCAGACCGACGAACAGCAAACAUCCUAGUGGAGUCAUUUUUCACAAAUACUAUCGGCUUCGUCGAAGUGUUCGACAAGGAUAUGUUCUUGGCUUCCACGAUGGAGUGUUACAACGAUCCACUCAGUGUCAAUCCUUCAGUAUUGUGUCUGCUCUAUCUGGUGUUUUCGAUUGGUCUGGUGAUAGCUAAACCGCCAUCUGGCACUGAAGCAGAGGCCAUUAUCAAAAGACUCCGCUCAGAAGACGUGAACCGUGCCGAACUGUUCUACAGGAAUGCCAAGAGCCUCGCCGACCCAGUGUCGGGCUUCGAAGACGCGGAUUUCUGGUCGAUUCAGGCACUUGUUCUGAUGUCACUGUAUAUGCUGUCCGUCUCGAAGAGGAAUGCAUCGUACGCAUACUGUGGCAUGGCCGUGAGGUCCGCUUUUGCUCUCGGGCUCCACAGGGAAGAAAGCAUGGUCCUUUUCAGCGGCAUCGAGCGCAAAGUUCGAAGAAAUCUUUGGAGGAGUUUGUUCGUCCUCGAUCGAUUCCUUGCGGCGUCUCUCGGCAGACCAACUGCCAUUUCCGAAGACGAUUGUUCGGAACAUGCCUUAGAAGCACCUGUGGAGUUUUCUGGUCCAGCCGGAUUAUCCAACAACACGGAGAGAGUCAAUUCAGCAGCGCUUAAUGCUACUGUGAGGACUUGCCACGUCGUUGGCAUUACGCUCAAACGGGUAUACUCGAAGCGCAAAAUAUCUACUACAGUUGCGCAGGAGAUUGCCAAUCAGCUUGAGGACUGGAACGACAAGCUCGACCAGAUUCUUCACUGGAAACAGGCCAUGUCUGGUCCGGUGGACCCAAGCCUUGGUAUUGCCAACUUGCAUGUUAACCUACUCCAUUGUCAUGCCAUCAUCCUUCUCACGAGACCGUUUUUCUUGUACAUUCUCAGCAAAGGCCAUGAGAGGUCGGGUGGCAGUCAGAAAUCUUACCGCAUAAGCCAGCGGAUGGAGAAAUUUGCACAAACCUGUGUCGAGGCUUCGCAGCAUACCCUAAUUCUUGCUCAAAAUGCGCUGGACGCGGAAUAUCUUCCGCACUGCAAUCCCUUCGUGAUACACUUUGUUUUCGCAUCAGGGUUGAUUGUGUUGAGCAACGAGUUUGCGUCGUUGUAUCAUAAUCCCGAAGGGGACCGGGCCAUCCAGAGUUGUAUCUCAAUUCUGAGAUACUGCGCCGAAUACGACCCCCAGGCGGAACGGGUCUCGUACAUUGUUGAAAGUUUUCACAAAGCCAACAAAACCCGCCCAGCAACGGCGCGACAAUUGUCCCUUCCGGGCCGGCGGAUACCCACCAUCAAGACACUGGUCCGCAACGCCGACUACGAUCCGAUGGCCCACUUCUUCCAGUCGGACAAAGCCGGUUCCCGCGGACCACUACCUCCGCUCGCACCGGGUCCGAAAAACGGCCGGGUCAUGUUAUCCGCGGGCUUGCCAGCAACACUGCCGCCCAUGGUUCCCUCGGUCAUUCAGCAACCAAGCCCUGAUGGCAGUAAUACGUCGCCCGUUAACAGCAGCGGCGUAGUCUCAUCUGGUCUCCACGGCAUGGACCAUCUGAACGGACCUGAGGCAGAAUUCGACUUCGACAGCUUGUGGCCCAACUGGCAAGCCCCUACAGGAGGCAUGGCACUGCCUCAUCCACACCCUGAGGGCCACCAAGUAGCCGAAGGUUUUGGUACGUACGGGCUUGGCCCGGUGCAGGUGCCCGUGGGCCACCUCAACGUCCCGCUGUAUCCGACUUCUGAUUUCCGAUGACAUUUUCGUAUGUAAUAUGGACUACACAUCAAGUGCGCAUUGAUUUGAUCGGCGAUUGGGGAGCCUCAUAGUGCUUGCAACUCAUAACGGCGCAACAGCGUUGGCUAGUUUAGGUAGGGGAUUCACUGCUUAGCGCACAGUAACACUCGGGAGUAUAAGAGAAAGCAGGGCAGGCCUCACUUCGUGUAGUAGUAAGCAGGGAACCUCUGCCUAGAGCUAGUAUUUUGAGGGUAAAGAGAGGGAGCUUAGACGAGCUAGACAGGAAAAUGCGGGGCUCGUAA